AUGACAGAUGAUACCAAUGAUUGCAUGGAAUGCCAGCCAUCGACUUCAAAGGAAAAUUUGUCGAUGGAAAAAGACAUGACCACAUGUUCCUUAUGCCAGGAUGUAUACGUGGAUCCUUGUAGAAUCCAAUGUUGCGGAAAGCUUUGUAGGUUUUUCGACGAAAGAGGGGGUUUUCUUCGUUUUUGGGGGCAUUUUUGAUAUUUCCGUUACCUAAAUCAAUGCCUGAGAUUGGUAGUUUCCGUCAAAAAAUGUAACUUUCCGUAACCAGUACGUUUUUCGGGACAUUUUUCCCGCAAACCAGUUAACGAAAUAAUCAAGUAAUUUUUUACUGCGGAAGUUGCGUGGAAGUCGAUUUUCAAAGAUUAUUUCCCGCAUUUCUUGUUCAUGAUCGUCUCCAGUUGAACUUUAAAAUAUUACCCAUUCUUUGGGCCUAAAAAUGCAUUCCAAUUCAAGAUAUUUUAUUCGAUAUUCCCCGCUUAAAAUUUCAAUUACGGGACUUUCCCGCAUUUUUCAUUUGCAUAUCUGCCUCGCUUGCAUUCGGUUUCCCGACUUCCGGCUCUCUUUCCGAUCAUUAAAUGGCCUCCAUUUUCAGACUGCCGCCUUUGCCUGGUCUCCCGUUUGGUUGCGCAACCAUCCUGUCCAGCAUGUUCGACAUCAUGCCCGGCCACUGGAUUUGGCAAGUGGAUUCUGCCCGAUUCCACAAUGCAUCUGUUUGUCCUGAAUUCGCUGCCAUUGGAAUCGGCUGUUGCUUACAACAACAAGCUAAAGUUUUGUAACGAACUCCAAGUGAAAGGAAAGUUACGGAACAUUGAAUUGGAAUUGGCGGCGAGAUCGAUGGUUAAGUGGGCAGAUCAUGUUAUGCUGGAAUCGGAUGGAAGGAACAUUGAGCUGAGGAUACGGGUCGAUGCAAAGGUCUUAAAACCCGACCAGAGCCAUGAGGAACCGCUCUACAUCGAAGAUGAGGCCAUGGUUUUUGUGGUGGAAUACAAUAUGCAAGCCCGAGUGUUGAGGGAAUUCUUGAAGGAACGAAUAGUUAAAGAUGAGAACGUGGUCAUUAAUAUAUAUACAAAAGAGGGUCUGCAGAUCGAAGACUCGGCCAUGAUGCAUCAGAUUCUACUGGAUUCCGGGCGCUCCGAUGAUGGUCGGGUGUGGAUCUUCUGUGAUUUCGUUUGGAAACCUCUCAGUGAACUCAUUGAAGACAUGCCAGUUCUGGAGAAAGAAUGCUACGAAACAGAAGCGCCCACAUUAAAAUCGAUGUUGGAAGAGCCAGUUUUGGAUCGAAAUAAUAUGACCCCUGAGGUCGUGAAGAUGAACAACGACCAGAUGAAGGUUCUUCAACGGGCAGAUAGCCAAAAUUUGGUAGAUCAGAUCAAAAGAAAUUCGUUUGGCAAUUCACUCCCUCGCCCCGAAGAUUUCCAGCCUCUUUUAUCAGCCGCUGAAGCGCCUCUUCCCCAAUUUACUGCCAACCAAACUCCACCAAAAACUAACGGAGUUAACGUAGCGAAUCAUCCAGUCUUGGCAGCUCAACUUCAACAGCCAUCGUUUUCCUUGAGCCCUCAAGGAAAGAAACGGCCGGCUCAGAGCCCGAUGAAUGGAGGAAAGCCAGCUAAAAUCAUGAAUUCGACGGCUAAUUUGCACAACCCUCUGAUUAAAUCCGCAUUAGAAGGGCCAACAAUGAGUACAGGUCCAGCGCUACAGGUUAAAGCCGAGCCAGGAAAGCCGGUGACUCCGGCCAGUGCCAGCAAUGGUUUUGGAAUGGUCGUCAAUCAAGCUCGAGCUAUGGCUCCAGGAAUGACGGUUAGCCAGGCAAUGGCAAUGUCCAAGAAUAUGGCCAGCAACAAAGGGAAUGGAAUCAAGAACGGACAAAACCCCUUUUUAUUGGGCGCUUUGAAGGGUGUUCCAGCUUUGAACAUGCAGAAUAAGGCCAGUUCCAUGAAUCCAUCGACUGGACAAGCCGGUUCAAGCCAUUCUCCGGUCGGCAAUCUUUCAAAUGGAAUGCCAAUGCUCAGUCUACCAUCUCCAUCGCCGUUUCAUUCGGCCAGUUCAACACCAUCCUUGGCUAGUCCAACAGUGAGAAAGCAUACAACUUCUACACCCAGCCCUAUGUCAGCUUCUCCCAACGCAAACAUGGCCCUUUUCCAGCAGAUGCUCAGCCAGCAAAUGCCCAAUUUUGCGGCGUUUAAUCCAAUAAUGCUGGGUCAACUGCAACUCCCUCAGCUUUAUCAACAGAAUCUACAGGCCCUCAUGCAGAAUGCUCAAUUUCCCGGCUCAAUUUUUCCACCGCAACUCCAAAAGCCCAAGAAAUCGGCUACCGUCCAGCCAAUUGUGAGGUCCGAGGCCAGCGUGGACAACGACAAGUUGUGGCAGAUGUACAACUCGACGGAUGAGUGCAAGAAGACGAUUAAUCAAACGAACGUCGCUGUGUCUAUCAAUCAGCCCGGUUCAUUGUAG